AAUUAUCUAUACAAUGCUCAUGGAUUGAACAUAUUUAUCCCACUUGUUUGAGGUGCGCGCCGUGCGACCUAAAUCGAGCCCAUCACCAAUCAAUGUGGCACGUGAUCUGCAGGAGCCGGGGGUCUUUGUAGGCCUGUCAUGAAAGGCGAGCUCCGCAUUCGUGCACGGUGAGGCUAAUAUCUAAGCAAGGUGUCAAGGUGGUAGACCGGGUAUUGGCCGCUGCCUGUGGAGACUUGAUCGGAUUUUAAGCUUCAGAGCACGAGGAGUAUGGAAUGCCGGUUAUGAGCCGCUGUGUGGGGCUGACUGUGUAGAACGUCGAAGCCUCUGAUUGUUUGCCGCAGAGAACAACACCUGUUUAGAGUCUCCCAAACAGAUCUUCGCAGGCAGAAGGAAGAAGCAACCAAGCAGCAUUCGUCCAUGAGAGAUGCAGAGCCAGAAGCAAGCACACCAGACUGGCUCAUGUCGGAGAGAAUCCGAGGAUCAGUUCACACCGGCCACCUGAGCCAGAAGUCUGCCCACCAUGUUCAGAUUAAAUCGGUCCUCAUAUGUCAGGGAGGACUGCGGAUGCUUUCAUCGGCAGAUGAGGAGCGAAGUCGAUUCAAAUCUGAGAGACCUAGCAUAUGAAGUUGCUUUGGCAGCUGGCCAGAAGCUGAACCACAGUGUCAGUUCCAUUCCAAGUGUGACGGGACGGAGGCGGCCAGGGCUGGAGUGACAGUGACGGGGCAGAAAUGAUAGCCGAACACGUGAUCGCUCUGUCCAGCGACCUCGAAGUCCUUACACGAAGCAAAACAAAACCGACCGAAAACGUGCCGCGGCAUCGUCGACUCAACUGCGAGCAUCAGUGGAAAUUGCGGGACAUCGCCUGCAUCGUCUGCUCCCUACCCGAGUAGUGCACGAAGAGUCCGACGCUCGAAGCCCAUCGAUUCCCUUGGGGUGCCUGGCCGAAGUAGAACGACUGAGCUCUGAUGACCUCGGCCGCCUCCCCGCCCCUCUUGCUGCCCAGCCGAGCCAUACCGCGGCCAGCGCGUGUUCCCCACAUCGAGUGGAAGCCCUCAAAAUAUCUCGACGAACCACAGCCACCGCCAAUAGACGAUGCUACGCGAAUGCAAGAACUAGAGGCCAACGCGCGACAGCUCGCGGAGGGGAAGCCCGUCAAAAAGACGAGGCCAAGGAGGACGGUCGAUUAUAACGGGGGACUUGGGCGAUGGACACUGCUGAGAAAACUCCGCCCAAAUCACGGUUAUGUGCCGUAUCUCCGACCCAGUCCUCCAUAUAUUAUUGACCUCCUCCCUCCGAAAGCAUACCCGGAUAACCCAUCUACUUCCCUGUGCACCAAAUUCGUCCAUACUUCGACCAACAAGGUCAGAUGUCCCGUCAACGUCGUCACUUGGACACCAGAAGGCCGCCGCGUGCUGACGGGGUCCACAAGUGGCGAGUUCACGCUCUGGAAUGGCCUGACGUUCAACUUCGAGACCAUCCUCCAAGCACACGACACCGCGAUCUGCACCCUCACCUUCACGCACUCGGGCGCGUAUCUUGCUUCGGCCGACAAAGCCGGGACGAUCAAAUACUUUGAGCCCAACAUGAACAACCUCGCGGCCUGGCAGGGAUCCAAUUCCCAUGAGGCGAUCCGCGGAUUGAGCUUCAGCCCGGACGACCGGCGGUUUGCGACUGCGAGUGAUGACUCGAGCGUCCGGAUCUGGGAUUUCCAGGAACGCAGGGUGGAGAGUGUUUUGACCGGGCACGGAUGGGAUGUCAAGUGUGUCGAGUGGCAUCCGACGAAAGGGCUGCUUGUGUCUGGGAGUAAAGACAAUGAUAUUAAGUUCUGGGACCCGCGCACGGGGACUGUGCUGUCGACAUUACAUCACCACAAGAACACGAUCCAAGCACUGUCCUGGUCACCGAACGGAGACGUCGUUGCUAGUGCAUCUCGAGAUCAGACUGUGCGCGUCUUCGAUAUCCGAGCGAUGAAGGAAUUCCGGACAUUCAAGGGCCACAAAAGAGACGUUUGUUCUGUGACCUGGCACCCGAUCCACCCGAUCCUCGUCUCAGGCGGAUCCGAGGGCGAGAUCUUGCACUGGGAUCUAACAGCAGCCGACACCGGCUCCUCGUUCAGCCAAACCGCGGCGCUUCCUCGGGCGACGCUGUCUCAAGCGCACGACUCGAAUGUCUGGUCCCUCCAAUUCCACCCGCUCGGACACCUGCUCGCGAGUGCAUCAAACGACUACACGACCCGCUUCUGGAGCCGCGAACGGCCGGGUGACGCGACGUCGGUGUUCUCUGGCGGCGGCGAAAAACCGCCCGAAGUUGCACCGGACCAAGGCGGGCAGGACGACGAGGACGACGAGAUGGUCCCCGGAUUUGGCGGUGGAGGCGACGGCGGCAAUGGCCCGUACUGGGGAAACAGCAACGGCUUCGACGAUGAGUCGAUUCCCGGCAUGGCUCAGGAUCGAGUUCCCCCGCCGAGACAGUACCCAGAAUACCAGCAGGACGAGUCUUGGCAUCGGAACAACAACAACGCAGACGACUGGAAUAGCCGCAAUUCUGGUGGACAUAACGGUCGUUCCAGUCGCUGGGGCCCCCGAAAUAACAACAACAACAAUCGCGGCCGGUAUUAGUCGGUCCACAGUUUGUUGUCCUCGUCUCCAAUCGAUCCGUAUUUGUCUCUAAAUUGUGUGGUACCAGAUAGUAUGCGUGUAUACAGGAGUAGUCGUGUCGAAAUUGUGGUAAAGAUACACCUGAAGGACAU